CGGGCCCCGCCUACGAUGUGAGAGCCGGCCCCGCCCCCGGCUCCGGGGGCCCGGGGACCCGGGGGCCCGUGGGGGAGCCUCCCCGAGGGACCCUCUCCUGCCUCGUGCGCGCUGGAGCGGCUGUCCCGGGCGGCCGCGAGCAGUGACAGUGAGCGUGACGACGACCCGGCCGACUGGGUGCCCGGCCGCGGAAGCUGGAAGGGGACAGAACAUGAGGUCAGCAGUCUGCAACGCGAAAGAGGCACUCACCGAAGCCUGACCCUGCUGGCACCCUGAUGUUGGACUUCCAGCCUCCAGAACUAUUCUACAUAUGAGUGGAAUCCACAUAUGAGAAAUUAUAAGUGCGGGCCUGGGGUGCCACGGAGCUGAGAAGUCCUUGCUGGGAGCCGGAAACAAACAUGGAUCACGAAACCCUGGGCAAUAUUGUCCUGCUGGCCAUCGUCACCCUCAUCAGCGUGGUCCAGAACGGGUUCUUUGCCCACAAGGUGGAGCACGAAAGCAAGACCCAUAAUGGGUGGAGCUUCCAGAGGACGGGGACACUUGCCUUGGAACGGGUCUACACUGCCAACCAGAACUGUGUCGAUGCGUACCCCACCUUCCUCGUCAUGCUCUGGAGCGCCGGGCUCCUCUGCAGCCAAGUUCCUGCUGCUUUUGCUGGACUGAUGUACCUGGUUGUGAGGCAAAAGUACUUUGUUGGCUACCUGGGAGAGAGAACGCAGAGCACACCUGGCUACAUAUUUGGGAAACGCAUCAUCUUGUUCCUGUUCCUCAUGUCCCUGGCUGGGAUAGUCAACUAUUUCCUCAUCCUCCUUUUCGGAAGUGACUUUGAAAACUACAUCAAGACAGUGACCACCACCAUCUCCCCUCUCCUUCUCAUCCCCUAACUGAAUUCCGGGUGGGUGUGCUCAGCUAAUCAAUACCUAGAAGCCAUCAUAACUCAACCCUUUAAACGAUGCUGUAAAUCUGAUGACCCUCUGGGCUUUGCAGCUUGAGUGAACCUCACUUUUCCUGGAAGAGAAUAUCUUCAUGUCAGCUCCGCCCCCCGAGCAUGAUGGUGGCACUAGAUUUGCUCUUCAGAUCCCGUCUGUGUGUUUCUUACUUAUCCUGCUUUCCGAAGAUGUUUUGUGACCCGAUUUAUGUUUUCCUAAAAUAAAAUGCAGACACAUA